ACCCCCGUGCAUACGGAUAACUUCUAUUGUUAUCGGUUUUGUCAACACGUGAAAGGAAAUAAAAAACAAAAACAAGUAGCAAAAUGGAAUCGGAGGAAAUUCCAGAAAAGGAGAAAAUAAUAAAAAGUGUACCGAAAACAUCUAAUGAGAAGCGCCUAAUAAUUAUUUUGGCGCAGGCUUCUCUUGAAUCUGUGAAGAAUGGCAAAACUUUCGAAUUGUUGAAUUGUGAUAAACACAAACACAUUGCAAAGAAAUUCAAAAAAGAUAUAGCAACAUGUCGUCCAGAUAUCACACACCAGUGCCUCUUGAUGCUGUUGGACAGCCCUUUGAACCGUGCUGGUCUCCUGCAGGUAUAUGUCCACACGGAGAAGAACGUUCUCAUUGAAGUCAACCCACAGACACGAAUCCCUCGCACGUUUGAUAGAUUCUGUGGACUCAUGGUGCAAUUAUUACACAAGUUGAGCAUCCACGCUGCAGAUGGUCCACAAAAACUUCUUAAGGUAGUUAAAAAUCCUGUGACUGACCAUCUGCCGAUUGGUUGCAAGAAAAUAGGAAUGUCCUUCAAGGCUGAUGCGUGUGUUGACCCUCGGACCCUGGUGCCCAAAGAUGACCCCAUAGUUUUUGUUGUGGGGGCCAUGGCCCAUGGCAGUAUCAAUGUGGACUACACAGAGGAGACCUACUCCAUCAGUAACUACCCACUGUCUGCCGCCCUGACCUGUGCCAAGCUAACUACUGCCUUUGAGGAGAAGUGGGGAGUCAUGUGACCUUCAGGAAAAUCGGAACAGAUCCUUUAUAACCAGCGCCUUGCUGAUUCUUUGAGUUCACUGCUGUAAAUGAAGCAUUUGGGUUUCUUACACCAACAUGUGUUAAGAAACUUCUAACUGAGAAUGUGUCAUCAGCCCACGGACAAUAAUUACCAGAUUUUUUUUAUAGAACUUUAGAAGCUUGAUUUUGUGUUGACUGGUAAAACAUUAUCAUAUUUAUUUGAGUAAUACAUCAUCUGAGAUCCAACAAUUUAUUUGUUACUUUGAGAUUUAAAUCUAUGCAUUAGAUCUUGUAUUCGUGGAAUUUUUGUUUUUGACUGAAAUGCCCUGAUUACAUGUAUAUCUGAGAAUGAGAUGUAAACAUCUCUUAAAAUCUAAGUAAUUAUUUGCGCCUUUAAGAUUUAUACACUUGCUGAAAUCUUUGUUUGAAAUGAAAUUGUUUCUUCAAGGUUUCAUUUUGAGGCAGAAGGUUGAUGGGAGUUGGAGUUGAGAAUAUUUGUGAUCUUAUCUGGUGAUGUAUUCCACAUAAAUGUGUUGCUUACAUUGUGAUGUUAACACUAGUAAGACUUGUCAGUUGUAUAUACCAAAAAAUGUUAUGAUUAUAUAAAUAGUCAUUUUAAUUUUUUUAUUUAUACUUUUGACAGGACAGGAAGCUGGUGUGAGAUGGAGCAUGUAAUAGUGUAAUAUCAAUAUUCAGCAUUUUGGAUAGUCGUUCUCUGUCAAAUGGGCAAAAAAGACCAAAGUGUUUAUAGAAAAGUCCAGUACACUUGUAUUCUGUAUACAUAAAACCUAUGUACAAUGUAGUAAGACUUGUCUUAUGAUUCACUAUAUGUUCUAAACUCUUACAGCGUGAUUGUUACUGUACAAUAUAUACAUAUACAUGAC